AUGGACUUAGACACAGACGUUCCCAUGGAGGACGUGAGCGACGUCAAGGCGGCGCCUCUAAGUAAGAAGGGCGAGCUUUCUGCGCCGUCCAUUGGCCAGUUGGACCAGUGGAUCGAGCGCUUGGCCCAGUGCGAGCCGCUAUCUGAGGCCGACGUUAAAAAGUUGUGUGACAUGGCGGUGGACGUGUUGCAAUUCGAAGAGAAUGUGCAGCCGGUGCACGUGCCAGUGACCAUUUGCGGCGAUGUGCACGGCCAGUUCCACGACUUGAUGGAGCUUUUCAAGAUUGGUGGACCGUGUCCCGACACCAACUACUUGUUCAUGGGCGACUACGUGGACCGCGGAUACUACUCUGUGGAAACAGUGUCGUACUUGGUGUGUAUGAAGGUGCGGUUCCCAAACCGAAUCACGAUCUUGCGGGGCAACCACGAGCUGAGGCAGAUCACACAAGUGUACGGGUUCUACGACGAGUGCUUGCGCAAGUACGGCCUGGCCACGGUGUGGAAGCUCUUCACAGACUUGUUUGACUACUUCCCCAUCACGGCGUUGGUGGAUAAUAAGGUGUUUUGUUUGCAUGGCGGCUUGUCGCCCAUGAUCGAGACCAUCGACCAGGUGCGCGAGUUGAACCGGAUCCAGGAGGUGCCGCACGAGGGCCCCAUGUGCGACUUGUUGUGGUCGGAUCCCGACGAUCGUGGCGGCUGGGGCAUUUCUCCCCGCGGUGCAGGCUUCACUUUCGGGCAGGAUAUCUCCGAGCAGUUCAACCACACCAACGACUUGAGUCUCAUUGCCCGUGCGCAUCAGCUUGUCAUGGAGGGCUACCUGUGGUCGCACCAGGAGAGCGUGGUGACCAUCUUCAGUGCGCCCAACUACUGCUACCGCUGCGGCAACCAGGCCGCCAUCAUGGAGGUGGACGAGAACCACCAAAGACAGUUUUUGCAGUACGAUCCAUCCGUGCGCCCAGGCGAGCCCACGGUCACGCGCAAGACCCCCGACUACUUCUUGUGA